AAUAUUGAGUAUGUCCGUGACCUCCAGAGAGAUGCGGCAAAGUUUCGGGAGACACUGAAAAGUCCCGCAGAAGACAUGCAGUUCGCCUGUGAACCCUGCAAUAAGAUGUGGUGGAGAAGAGUAUCAAAGUGUUACCGUUGUCACACCAAGUAUGAGCCGAUUCCCCCGGAGCAUCAAUGGGGCAUAGGGGAGUUCCGGUGUCCAUUGGGACAUACGUUUAAAGGAUUUGGAAUCAUGGGAAGGACAAAGAGCAAAUGCUACAAAUGUGACAUGAAUGAAGAAGCUGAAGUGAUGAAAAUCCUUCCUCCAAGAAGAAGAGAUGGGGACAAACAGAGACCUCGGAGAAACCGUCAUAACUGCAAUGGAGUCAACUGCUAUCACCCUGAUGGUGACUAUCAGUUAGGAGACAACAAAAAACCUCCAUUGUGUAUUCACCCGCGAUCACAUGCCACUGAUCAGCCAGUAAGAAUUCACUGGGCCAGCAACGUUCACAUCAGCACUGGUUCUACGUUUGUCACCAUACUUGACCAGGGAAGUCUGGACACGAAUGAACGUAAACCAGCCAAUUCACUGAAAACAAUAUCAGAGCAUAGUGAUGAGGAAGCUGACAACAUGUAA